AUGCCAAACAAAACAUUCCCUGCCGUUGUUUCGUUUGAUAAAUCGUCCAAUAGAUCAGAAGCUGCCACUGACCUGGCCACCGCUUCCUCGGAAGAAGCCGAUUAUGCAAGACACAUUGCUGAAGCGGUCGAUGUUCAAGAGAUCGACACAAACUUAUACAUGAGCAAAGAAUUGUGGUUGCCUCCCGGAGCUCGAGGUGCUUUUGGUGGUCAGAUUGUCGCUCAAGCACUCCGUGCAGCAUUUAAUACGGUCCCCGAGGAAUUUCAUGUUCAUUCGUUGCAUAGUUACUUUAUUUUGCCUGGCAACGUCGAAUAUCCUGUGGUGUAUCAAGUCCAGCGAUUGCGCGAUGGUCGAUCCUUUGCCACUCGCUUCAUCACAGCAACCCAGCGAGGCAAGGCGAUCUUUGUGAGCAGCUUUAGUUUUGCCAAACCAGACAGUACCAGCAUUACUCUUGAACAUCAGAGCACAAUGCCUGACGUACCCGGUCCAGAAAGCUUAUCUUCAGAGUAUGAACGACUACAAAAGGUUCUAGAACACCACGACCUACCACCCAAAUACCGGGAACACAUUGAAUCACGCAUGGAAGAAUCUGCACCCAUCGAUUACCGCAACGUGCAUAAUCCUUCGCCACAAGAAGCGUUUACGGGUAAAAUCGAAGCCAAGGAUUUGCAACACCGUUGGUUCAAAACCCGGGGCGCAUUGAGCGACGAUCCUAGACUUCAUGCAUGCAUUGUUGCAUAUGCUUCGGACAGCGCUUUCAUUGGCACCGCCGCUUUAGCCAAUGGCUUGGCGCCUCGAUCCAUUGGUAUGAUGGCCAGUUUGGACCAUUCCAUGUGGUUCCACGCCCCUGCCAGAGCAGACGAAUGGUUGCUGUAUGAAAUGCAGAGUCCUCGGACAAGUGAAGGACGUGGCGUUGCUUUUGGACGGUUGUAUAGACAGGAUGGAACGCUGGUGGCUACCACGGCUCAAGAAGGUAUCGUUCGAUUGUCGCGUCGUGAGCAGGAACGUCGUCGGAAACAGCGUGAGGAUCAUGUUGCUACCGCACCAAGCAAGUUAUAA